UCGGACAAAGAAUUCUCAUCGGGAGUAACACACAGUCAUCGCGCGGCUAGCACACUCAGCACGGGGCAGAGCCCGCAACCAAAGGUACACGACACAAAAACAUACAAUAUUUUCUCGUGCGUGUAUAUAUAUAUACAUAUAUACAUAUUUGAAAAAGAAAACCGUGCCGGUGUUGUGAGAAAAAAAAUAGUUUUUUUUUUAAAAAUACUGAAAAUUUUUUUUUGUGACGAAAUUUUUUUGAAAAAAAAAAAAAAUUGCCGAUUUUGGAGGUCAAAUAACGUAUAUGACUUCCUCCGAGUUUUGCGCGAGACGAAAGGACCUUUUUUGGCCCUCGUGUUCAGUGCAAAAACAACGCGUGGUGGUGAUUUUUAUUCCUUAUCAUAUUAUAGAGGAUCAUCGAUAAGAAAAAAAAAAAAGUGCAUUGAUUAUACGGAUUUCCCCCCUCCCUACUGCGCCCCCCUUUACUCAACAAUAACAACAACUAACCCCCAUCAUCAUCAUCUGAAGAAGAAGAAGAAGAAGAAGAACAGUGUAUUUUGUUAUCAGCAUCCAAUAAUAUUCACCCUCACGUUUUUUGCUGAUUACGUGUGUGACGAUCGUACAAAUCAACCGCCUUCAAAAUAAGCCACAUUAACCUCAAGUGAUUUCUAUUUUUCAUACAAAAAGAGAAGAAACAAAAAAAAAAAAAAUUGUGAAACAAGUGUUUUAUAUUGUCGUAAAAAAAAAUUUCCCCAAGGAGCUUUGAUAACAAAGAGGAGAGAUAGAAUAUCUAUUUAGUGUACAAAAAGAAAAUAUAUCCAGAGAGAAAAAAAAAACUACAAGUCCGCCAGUGCCAAAUCCAAAAAAAAAAAAAGUAAAACUAGUAGUAAUUUUAAAGAAGAAGACAAAAACCAAAGAAUUUACCAUUUUUCUACUAAUAUCUGUGUAACAUAACCUAAAAACCUUCAAAACGUGCCAGCAGCUCUUUUUGUAUUUUCUACCAGCGUUUAUAAGAAAAAAAAAUAAGAAUUUUCAAAAGAAACCAAUCUACUUCACACUUGUAGCCUAAACCUGUUGAGUACAAAAAAAAAGGAAAAUUUUUUGCAAGAACAGUAGAGAUUUUUACUAAAAAAAAUUUGUAAGAAGAAAAAGUACAAAGAAGCAGAUUCAGAUGACAGUAACAGGGAUUUAAAGAAGGAUUUUAUUAAGGAAAAACUAUUUUUUUUUUUUUUUUUUGACAAGGUCGACCAAAGUCGACAAUAGAAAAAAAAACGAGCCGAGACGAUAGAACAAUGACGUGGAGGAGAAGAUGAGCGCGGAGGUGAAGCAGGAGGUCAUCGCCUCCGAGAGGGUAGGAAGCCCUCCGGCGGCGGUUGCUUCCUCGCCUGGUCCAGGUGAUCCAAAUCGUCAUCUACCGCCAUUUAGCAGUUUUUCUGCCGACGGAUCAAUGGAUAGUUCAACGACAUUGACAACCUUACAUACCCAGGAUGUGGGACUUGGUCUCACGGCGUCCUGGGAUUAUUAUGAAGGCCUCACUGGAAGAUUAAUUGAUUCACGUGGUGAGGUUGUCAGUGGAUUAGUGCCAGUUGGACAAUAUCGACCAUGGGAAUCAAAACAUGGUAUCGGCGGUAUUGGUAUUGGUGGUCCUGAAGGUUUACCAAGUUUUGCAAGUCAAUUUACAGCACCUAGUGAAUCGGAACCACAAUUGACGGCCUUGACGCCAUUAUCGCCGGCCUCAAUAUCACAUUCACCACCAGUGACAACUGCCGUUGGAUUACCUAGUUUUCAUACACUUGGUACACCAAUACCCGUGCCACAUCCACAUCGUGGUGGUGUUGGCUAUCCCUUGGUACCAGCGCCCGUACAAGCACGCGAGGUACCAGCCCUUCAACAACAAUUACUCGACGAGAGGCAUAUACAAUUGUUGGGCUCAAAUCCUGUACAAGCAUUCCCACCGCCACCUGGUCAUCCACAUCAUACUGUAUUGACGGUGGUUAAACCCGAAUAUCCACAAUUACAUCAUACAAAUUUUCAAAAUCCAAUGUCAACGGUAUUGGAUAAUUCACCAACGUCGAGGGCAAUUGGAAUUGAUGGUAGGAAAAAGGAAAGGAGAAAAAUUCGUGCCGGUUCAAUGGAAAGUGAAGACGGUGGUGGUAAUUCGGAGAGUUCUGGACAAGUUGCCGCUGUGUCGAGUACCGCGAAUCGUGGUGUUCAUCAUAUGGGUGGUGGAAUUGGUGAUAAUGACGGCGACGGUGGGUUGGGUGAUAAGCCAGCUAAAAAGAAGAGAAAGCGUUGUGGCGAGUGUAUUGGUUGUCAACGUAAGGACAAUUGUGGAGAUUGUGCGCCAUGUCGAAAUGACAAAAGUCAUCAAAUCUGCAAAAUGAGGAGGUGCGAGAAGCUGACGGAGAAAAAGCACUUGUACAACAUGCAAACUGGCGAGGGAGCAUUCAGGGAAAGGGGCAGAGGUCGAGGAAAGGGUGCAACAAGGAGUUACAGAAAAAUUGCUCGACAAGUCAGUACACCAGACAGUGCGCCGGCGGGUCUAGGAAGUCCGCAAGCAGGAAUCGGUGGACUGCCUCAUCAGCAGCAGCAACAACAGCAGCAACAACAGCAACAACAACAACAACAACAAACACAACCGGCUAUACACUCCGAUCCCAUGCAGGCCAAGGACAAUCUAAAUCCCGCGAGUCAACAAACGGGUCUCAGGAACGGAAACACUGCAGCACCAGUUGUCUCCAUGUCGCCGGGAGUAAUGCCAUUCUACGGUGAUAGUGGUACGGGUUUUCGGCCAGCAGCUGGUUUUGGAAACACAGUAUGGCAUCAGGGUGUGGGAACAGUAACAGUUGAAGCCACACCAACAACAUGGCCACCUCAACAAUUCAUUCAACAAAUUCCUGCUCCCAAUCAAUUGGAGGAAUUGAGGUAUCAUCCACAGUACAGUGCGGCAACUCCCUAUCAUCCCCAACCAGUAACCUAUCAGCAACAAACAUUCAUAACAACCGAUCAGUCCGCUUUUCAACGUGCCGGAUCAACGGGACAAUAUACUAUUACCGGACAGCCAUCACCCUUGGCCACUGUUGCUUCGCAGAAUACCACAACAACCCCUCAGAGACCUCUAAAUGGUCAAUUUAUGGAACCAGCCGUCACUCCAGGCCAAGUUGGUUACGAAAGACAGGAAUAUGUUAAUGGAUAUCAACAACAGGACGUGACUAUGGCACCACCACCAGCGACAACACCAACGAGUCGCAGCAGUUCCGUUCACAUGGAUUCUCAACCAUCGCAGCCUCAACAACAACAACAACAACAACAACAACAACCACCACCAUCCACCGACACACAGGUCAAAGGUUUUGCGACAAUUGCCGCAAACAAUGUGUCGGGAAACGAGAUGCCUGGGUAUCCACUUCAACAGGGCCCACAGAGUUUACACAACUCUAACGGAUAUCCAGGCUACGUGGAAAUGGGUCAAAAUCAAUGGCAGCAAGAACGACAACAAGACAAUAAUCGUCACAUUUGGUCCGAUUCAAAUCCAGACGGUAAAAUCCCAUGGUCCGAGAGUGGUUUACAACCUAAAACUGAAACAGAAAGGCCUGAGAGUCACAUGAGUUGGGAUAAUUCCGAACAGCACAAAAGUCAAAAUUGGCAAAAUCAAAAUCAAAAUCGACUCACCCCCUCUCAACACUGGCCUCAACAUUCGCCAAAAAUUCCCGAGCAUCAAAAUUCCCAAAGAAUGACACCGUCCUGGUCGCAAAAUAGCCCUCAGGAACAAGCUCAAAAUUCAAGACUGACACCCUCGGGACAAAUUCAACAGCAGCAGCAGCAGCAGUGGCAACAACAAAAAAUUGAAAAUCCCCGAUUGACACCAUCGAAUCAAAUGACCUGGCCCGAUACGCCUACUAGUCAACCAAAUUGGUCGCCAAACAGUAUGAAAAGUGACGGCAGUCAACAGCAACAACAGUGGCCUGAUUCCCAACCAAGUCCUCGACGUACACCCGUUACAAAUCCCCCAUCAUGGCCAAAUCAAACCACCCAGGAAACUAAAAUCGAACAAUGGUCAUCGCCCCGAUCAAACGAAAAUCCCUCCAAUUGGACUCAAUCUAAAGAGAUUCAAAAUUCCGCAUCUGGCGAAAGAAUUAUUUGGCAUCCAGAUGGAAAAAACGGUUUUCCCUCCGAUGGUCAAGAAACCCAAGAAUACAAUCAAACAAAUCGUGUGAAUUUAAACAGUCGGCUAAAAUCAAUGAUUUUGAAUAAACAACACCAAAUGCAGAAUCAACCAAGAAUCCAACAACAAAAUCAGAUACAAAAUAUUCCAAAUCAAAAUCAAAUGCAGGGUCAAAUGCAAAAUCCCUCUCAGAUACAAAAUCUGCAAAACCAACAGAUGCAGCAAAAUCAGAAUCAAAUGCAAAUGCAGCAAAAUCAGCAUCAAAUUCAUCAAAUGCGUAAUGGUAGUAGUUCAAAGGAAUUUCCCAAUGACGAUCGGGGACGUGAUUCACACGAAAAUGAAAAACAACAAGAAAAGCGAGACUACAAUCAAUUGAUGACAAUUGGCCAAAAUGAAUCCAUGACCGGUAAUUUUUUAUUGCAUAGCCACCACCCUCGGGUCGAUAGUUUGCCCGACGGUGGUGGCUUAUGGGAGUGGACUGGUGGCGGUAAUAUAAUUCCCGAAAGUGGAAUUGACAAUUUCAUCAAAUAUCAAAAUGAGAAAUUAAACAAAGAAGAACCUGAAGUGAAAGAAAAAAUUGAUCCGAUAAUAAAGCAAGAGACUAACGAAGAGAUAGAGGAUAUUUCAAAAACUAUCAAAAUCGAACCAGAACAGAAAGAACAGGACAAUUAUCCUUUUCAAGGUGAUGGAGGACCAGCUAAAAUUUCACCUGAAACUGAUACCUGGUGCUGUCGACGUGGUGGAACCGAGCAACCAACACCUGAACAUCUACGCGAUGGUUGUUGUCAAGGUUUACAAACACAAGACGAAAAAUCGGAUCCCGAAAUUAAAAAUGAAGAUCCAAUUAGUCCAAAAAGUCAAACAUCAAGCGGCACAAAAGAUCAACAUCAUCAACAUCUGGAUAAGAUCAAGAACAAUGUGAGGACCGAAGUACCCGACUGCAGCUGUUUUCCUCCAGAUAAAUGUCCACCGGAACCUGGAUCCUAUUACACGCAUCUUGGUGCGGCCGCCAGUCUUCCAGAACUUCGUAACGACUUGGAGCGGAGAACUGGCCUCAAGGGUAACGCUAUUAGGUUCGAAAAGGUCAUCUACACGGGAAAGGAGAGCAAAACAACGCAGGGUUGUCCUAUGGCAAAAUGGAUUCUUCGUCGUUCGGGAAUUGAUGAGAAAAUUCUCACAAUUGUCAAACAUCGUCAGGGACAUAAAUGUGCAACUGCUUGGAUAGUAGUUGCAGUUGUUGCUUGGGAAGGUGUACCAUCACAUGAGGCCGAUCGAAUCUACUCUCUUCUUACCCACAAACUCAAUCGUUUUGGUCUUCCAACAACAAGAAGAUGUGGAACCAAUGAGCCAAGAACCUGCGCAUGUCAGGGUCUUGAUCCCGAUUCUUGUGGUGCAAGUUUUUCAUUUGGAUGCUCUUGGUCCAUGUACUACAAUGGCUGUAAAUAUGCCCGAAGCAAGACUGUCAGGAAAUUUCGGCUUUCCGUCAAAUCGGAGGAACAAGAGGUCGAGGAAAGGAUGCACGUGUUGGCAACACUGCUGUCUCCAUUGUAUCUGAGCCUUGCGCCCGAAGCUUUUAACAAUCAAACCCAAUUCGAGCGGGAAGCCAGCGAAUGCAGAUUGGGUUUUAAGCCCGGAAGACCAUUCUCCGGUGUGACGGCUUGCAUAGAUUUUUGUGCCCAUUCACAUCGCGAUUUGCACAAUAUGAACAAUGGUUGCACGGUUGUUGUAAGCCUGACGAAACAUCGAACCCUCGCUAAACCAGAGGACGAACAAUUGCACGUACUGCCACUGUACAUCAUGGACGAAACAGACGAAUUCGGCUCCAAGGAAGGCCAAGAGGAGAAAGUUCGAGCCGGUGCUCUCGACGUUCUAACCAAAUAUCCCUGUGAGGUGCGUGUUCGUUCCGUACCACUCCAACCUUGUCGAAGACAUGGUAAAAAGCGUAAGGAAGAGGAACCAGAAACAAUUCACAACAAAAAGGAAACUGUAAAAACAACCGAAAAACACGAACCUAGAAUUAAUUUUCAAGAUCAAAGGCGGGAUCCACAAAUGAAUACAGUAUUCGAGGGAAUGGAUGCCCAAUUGCAAAGUUCUCAGGUUUCAUCCACAGUAUUGGAUAGUCCAGUUUCGAUGUAUCAAGGCUGGGGUUAUCAGAACGAACAACAGUGGAACAGAAAUUGGCUCGAUCAACGUAAAAACAAUUGGCUAAAUCCAUGGAAUGAAUAUCCAUUCAGUGGUUUGGAACGUGAAAUGAAAGUUGUUCCUGACAGUACAAGUUUGGAUGACACGAGACCCAGGAGUACGGUUUCUCAACGUACUGACACUUCACAAGAUUACAGACCUCCAAACACUCCAGAAUCACUAACUUACUCGCCAAGAUCUCAUCUUUCACCUCGAGCUCCUUUCUCCAAUCCUUAUUUUUCAAAUCCAAAUUCUUCUGCCACAUUUUCAAAUUUACCCAAUUGCAAUCCUCCUGGAGAAUUUCAUCAUAGAUAUCCGAACCACACCUACGAUAAUAAACCCAAUUUUUCGCCCUACGAUCAAAGAAAAUCUACCGAGGGUUUUAGAAAUCCAAACUACGACCACGUUGAUCAAUAUCAGGCGAAACUUGCAGUGGCUAGACAGCAGCGUUUACCAGGAAAUUAUCAAGAAAUACCAAAAUCGGAGUACAGAAUGGAACAAGAUUAUUUACCACCGAGAGUUUAUCAACCACCUCAAGAGAACAAUACUUCGAAACCAAUUGACUUGCAUCAUCCAUUUGCCGAUCCAGCGAAAGAUUCCUGGAAUGAUCAAACGUUUUCCACUAAUCCUAGGGAUCAACCCUCGGAGCCUUCACCAUUUCGAGUACCAAAAGGUAGACCUCCGUCUCGAACAGCUCCAAAUGUCGAUACAAAUAUCUUCCAAAAUUCCUUUGUUAAAACGUUCCUUAAACCUCAGGAACCCUCCAAUAGACCUCAAAGAAGACCAGAUUGGCCCGAAGGCAAACGUGAAGAAAACUGGCUAAAUUGGUCCGAAGAGAUUAAAGUACAAGACUAUCAUCCAAUAAGACAUUUUCCCCAGUACAGUUACGGUUAUCCCGUUUUUGACAAAUCCUAUCCAAACCUCGAGGGUUACAAUUAUCAGUACCAUCAACCAGAUUAUCCACCACAAUUGUAUCAACAGAAACGUGAAACCUAUCCACCAUCUCCAUAUCAGGGUGUUUCGCCCUAUCAGGGAUUAAAUCCGUCCUGGCGAUGGGAGAAACCACCGCAAUGGGAACUCUAUGGUCCUCCAUCGUAUUUUCCAGUUCUUCCUGAUCCACCGCCAAAGGCCGAACCAUUGGGUGAAGUUGCGGAUUUUUCUGACAAUGAAGAAUGCUUCAAGGAUCAACAAAUGGGUGGCGUGGCAAUUGCCCUGGGUCACGGUAGCGUUCUCUUUGAAUGUGCAAAACAUGAAAUGCACUGCACCACAGCACUCAAGAAACCAAAUCGUCUCAGUCCAACGAGAAUUAGUUUGGUAUUUUAUCAACAUCGAAAUCUCAAUAGAGGGAAACAUGGUUGGGAAGAGUGGGAGGAGAAAAUGAGACUCAGAAAAUUGGGCAUUACAACAAAUACCACAACAAAUACAACUAAUGUUCAGACGCCGACAACUGUUUCCAGUCCUGGAGUUUCAUCAGAUCAAUUGACGCAUCAUCUAAAAAUCCCGAAUUCCCAAUAUAUGAUGAGAUCUUCCGCCUGCACCACCAUGACCUGGACAACUCAAUUUCCAAUGCAUCCCUGCAUAAUAACCGAAUCGUGCCAAGAAGCAAAACAAGCCAACGGCUGAAAAAAAGACGAGAUCUAGUCAACAAUGAAUUCAAAAAUCAAAAAAAAAAAACAAGAGGCUUCCUCAGUGGAUUGCAUUAACAUCAAAUUUCGUUUCUAUUUUAUCAAAAAAAAAAGACUCAAUCCACACUGCCAUUUUUACAAGUCAUCAUUGACACUAACAGAAAAAUUCUCUACUACGAUCAUACCCCCCCCCCCCCGAACCACCCCAAAAAAAUUAAAUUUCAGGGGCUUCCCAAUUUCUUUAUUUUCUAAAGAAAUAAAAAAUCAAGUCGAAUCGAGGCUUAAAAAUCCCGCGAAAAAUUUUUGUCCAAGCGUGAUUGAUUUGGAAAAAAAAUUAAUUUCGAUAUUUCCGUGUUUGAUAGCACCUCUAAAACAUUUCUUUUUAAUUAGCUAGUCGUCAGGUUCAAAAAAAAAAAAAAAUUGCGCGUUUCUCGAAAGUGCGCACAAACGUCCGAGCCUCCUCUACAUAUAUAAAAAAAAAUAAUAAUAAUAAUUAUUGUAAAACUUUUUGCUCAGUUCACGGACGUUAAAACCGGAACGAAAAAACAAAUACUCGUUUUAAGACUUUAUUUUUUAUAUAUACAAAACUAAAAGUAUUUUUAUCUAUUAGGUGACGAAAUGCUCAUUUUUUUACAAUUUUCAAUUAAAACUAAAAGGGAUAGCAAGAACGGAGUAGCAAAUUAUUUUCAAAACUCUUCUCUCCGUGUUGGGACCAAGUCUUUCAAGAUGGAUUUUUUUUUUAUACCCAAAUAAACCGGUGACUUUUUUUUAACCCUCAAUUUAUAUUCGUUCUGGUUUGCGCUCCGUUAAAAUCUCUGGAAAAAAAAAUCCAGUCAAAAAAAAGACUGCAUUUUGACAGUUCUUUUUAAUUGCGUGUAGUCACCUGCACAAUUUUACACUUUCGAGAUUAAUAAUUUAAAAAACACGAAAAUGAUCUCAAAGUUUUUUUUUUAAUGAAAAAAGACCCUUAUUUUUAAUCCAUUUGUACAUUUUUGCGCUUAUUGUAUCGUAUUUAUUUGUAUGCACACUUUUUGCACCCGUUAUAAAUAAAUGAAAAAAAAAAUUAUAUAUAUAUAUAUAUAUAUAGAAAAUUAAGUACGACGUGACUCAGUACAAAGACAAAGAAUUUUUUUUAAAAGAAUGCAAAAAAAAUGAAUGUUUGAUAAAAAUGAGUGAAUGUUUAAUACUGUUACUCGAUUCGAAAAAAAAAAUUGUCCAAAAUCAGAACUGACAGAAAGAAAACAGAAUUUGGGCAAAAGAAAGGAAAAAGUGACGCUAACCUCAAAAAAAAAAAAAAAAAAAAUUGUCUUUUGCGCAAACUCCGUUAUUGUCAGCUCUCCACAAAGUUGUCACUUAUUUUUCUUUCGACGAAAAGUGGAGUCUAAUUUAUGUGUAUUAUUAUUAUUAUUUGAAUUAUUUUGUACAUACUAGGAAUGACUAUUAGAAGAUUUUUUUUUCCCUCCCUAAAAAUGAAAAAAAAAAAAUUCCCAUUUUAUACAUAUAUAAAUAAAAAAACAAAUAUAUAUAUAUGAAUAGAAAUAUAUAUAUAUAUAAAGAAAGAAUCUUUACAAAACGUGUGUGAGAGAAAAAAAAAUUGUGUGCGUGUUUUGUUUUUUCUUUCUUUAUUAUUAUUAUUAUUUAUUUAUUAUCGACGCCCCUUGUUUUAGGAGUAAAAAAUUUUUUUAGGCUGAUUUUCUUUGUCGACACAAAAAUGGUGUCAAUUUUAUAUGGACGGGAUAUUUUUUUUUCUUUUUUUUUUUUUUUUUUAAGAGCCAAUCGUCCUCCCGCCCCUCAAAGUAUUAUAAGAAUCAUUAAUAUAUUAUCAUCAAUUAUUAUCGCAUACAAUAAUUAGUAAUAUAAUCUAAUUUAAUUGAUUAUUUAUUAAUUAAGUUUUUUUUUGACAAAAAAAAAAACUACUAUCUAUAUACUUUUAAGCGCAGUUAAAGAGUUAAACGCCGAAAUGCUGCAAGAAAAAUAAAUACUACAAUUUUUGAAAUUUAAAAAAUAAUAGUGAAAAAUUAAAUUUUUUUUUUUUUUUAAUAACGUAAAAAAUUGCGCAUUCCGGAACGUUUUUCCUUUGACUAACGUAAUCUAUUCCAAAUUUUCUGUAAGCUAAGUUAUUUCCCUUUAUUUCACCAUUUAUCGAUUGUAAUAUGUAUAUUGUAAGGACGGACAGAGCUAAGAAAUACUCUUUUCUUUUUUUUUGCAAAAAUAAAAAUCUCUUUUUGAGAAAAAAAUUAUGUCAUAUUGGUAAAAAUGUAUUUAUACGCUCACAAAAGCAACUACAGUACAAGAUUCACCUUCUAUGCGCCAGUCUCUUAGAAUUAAUUACAAGCAUUCGUUUCUCUUUUUUUUUUUUAUUUUAGCUUUGUGUCUCGUAAUUUAAAAAAAUUCGCUACUCUGCGAAAAACUAUUUUUUUCCUAUUUAAAUACUUCCAAAAAUAUUUUUUUUUUUUUUAAAAAAAGUAAUUAAAAAGUUUAUAAAUAAAAAAAGCGUGAAAUUAAAUAACGAGACGAUGCCAAAAUAGUGUUUAAUUAAUAAUAAUAAAUUAGAAUAUUAAUGAGAUUACGUGUAUAAUGAUAAAAAAAAAGUAAAAUAAACGAAACUAUCAAAGCUAAAGUAUUGUAAGAAAAAAAAAUCAUUUGUAAAAGUAAUAAAUAUUAAUUAAUUAAAAAAAAAAGAAAGGAAUAAAUAAUUAAGAGAGACAAAAUGAAAUUACGAUUUAAUAAAAACGUGGUUAAAAAAAAAUGACAAGUUGAAAAGUGUAUUUUUUCUUCCAACGCCAAAAAGAUGCCAUUUUGUUUUAUACGAAAAACCCGAAAAAAAUGAGAAAAAAAAAGAAUUUUAAUGCUAUAAUGGGAGAAAAAAUUAUGUAAAAUGUGUAGUAGCAAAAAAAAAAAAAAAAAAAAAUUGUCCCAGACGAAAAGUUUCACAUUCUACUCGAUUGUUUUCCAAUUAUUAUUAUUAUUAUUAUUACUAUUAUUAUUAUUAUUAUUGAUCAGUGGAAUGCGAAUAGAAAUCAGAAAUUUUUAAUCUGGGAUAACGUAUGUGUGUGUAACAUGUCUUGUCCGCCUUAUGAAGCAAAAAAAAAAUAAAAAUAAAAAAAACAUUACAAUAGGAGAAAAAAAACAAUAUUUGUAGAUUACAAUAACAAUUUGAAAAUAAACAAUAGAAAUAAUAAA